ACAUGCAUGUUUGCUUUGCGAUUUUAGGGCUGGCUUGUUUUCUUAUCAAAGCAAACCUUUCGUCGCUUCUGACUCAAACUCCUGGGACAGUAGAGGUGGCAGGCGGCAGCAACGUGACCCUCACCUGUAACCACCGUGAGGUGCUAACCUACUGCAAUGCCAUCGACUGGGUGAAGGUAGAACCCCUGAGGGGUGAGGUGAGAACAGGAACCCGUAUCAGAGCCAUCUCGAACAAACAGAAGGAGACGUGUACAGGGACACUUACUGAUGUGUCCAGUGAUGAUGCUGGCAUGUACUACUGUUUGGCUGUGCACAGCUCUGUCUCUUACUUUGGAAAUGGAUCCAAGGUAUUUGUCGCAGGGACCAUCAGCACCUCUCCAACGGUUGGAAUCUUGUUACCGUCGGAUGAUGUUAACUCCAGCGGUGACAUCAGCAUCCCUCUAGUCUGUUUGGUGUCGGGGGCUGACCGACAUAGGGUCCGCCUGCACUGGUGGAUCAAUGGGGAAGUCUGGGACGGAUGGACAAAUUCUUUUUGGGUGUCAGAACACGGUUCUGUGACAGAACUGACCCAAAACCAUAUCAUGAUUCCAGUGUCAAAGUGGGAAAGUGAAGUGAACUGCACAUGCGUACUGACGUAUGCAGGGAAAUACGCAGACCACAAAACAGUGCAACGAAAUGGUUUCUCGGCACAGAGGGUGUGUUAUGCUACUCUGUGGCUCUCCAGGCUUGUGGGAAUAAGUUCAAGCCUCCUUAUUCUAGUGGCGUUGACUGUGUUGGCAACAUGUGCUGGAAAAUAUUUAAAAUCAGGUCUUUGAAGACAACAAAUAUAGCUGGAAAAGUCCCUGUGUUGAUAAAGUUUUCAUCUUCAUCUGCAAGUGAUUCAUCUGCUGUCUUAUGUUGAUAUACAUACUAAUAUUGCUGUUGUUUAUAUUUUUGCAUAUCCUGAUAAAUGAUUUCCACUAUCUUUCAAUUUGCAAAAUUAAAUGAAUUAAUAUAGAUGGAAUAUUUCAUCAUGUAAAAAGUGUAACUGAUGUACCUCUGCUACUUUCAUAUAUU